AUGGCCAGUGACUCCCUAAAUGAGCACUAUGAAAGAGCUUUUGAUUAUCCUUAUCACAUUUGUAUAUGAUUUACAGACUUAAUGAAUUCAUUCAUUCAUUGGAAGUGGACUUAUUUUGAAGUCAGUUCUUACACGCCACUGCCGUACUUCCGCUAUCUGAUCACAUUAUUAAAGUCUUGCGACUUUAAGAGGCCAAACAGCAGCGUGCUCUGCGUUGCUUCACCUCCAUUGCAACAACGGGGUGUGGUUACACAAAAGCCACGGAAUAAAAGCCUCUCCGACUUCCUGGAAAACUCGUGUUGGAGUGAGAUUCCACAGCGUCGGGGACCUGCAGCAUGUCGGAGUGGAAGAAGAGAUGUGCAGAGGAAUGGAGCCUGCAGGGCGCACCGAUGCCCGACAGUCAGGACUGGAAGUCCGUCUACGAGGCAAAACCGCUGGGGAGGAAUCUGCUGAAGAAUCCGUCGCCUCACGGAGUUAGUAAGGACACCCCUCCACCUGAACCGGACCUUCCUGAAGUGCCAAGACAUGGACCUCCAUGUUUUCAACCUGAUGGGGACUUCAGCAGCUGGACCACAAGCACUGAAAUCCUCCCCUACGACUCCAGUGGCAUCCCAGCAGGUGCUGUGGUCUGUCAGCUGCCGCAAUACAGCUGGUUUACCAUGGAGCAGGUCGUGGAUCUGAAGGCAGAGGGACUGUGGGAAGAACUGCUGGACAAUUUUCAGCCUGAAAUAUUCAUCCAAGACUGGUAUGAGGAGAGUCAGCUGCAUGAAUCCAUCUUUGAGCUGCAUGUGAAGUUACUGGGGGCGGACAAAAGCACAGUGAUCUCUGAGCACAGCGCCAACCCCACAGAAGACCGCAGCGCUUACUCUCACACCUGGAAAGGGGUGUCACACGUGUUCUCUGGCUACGGACCAGGGGUGAGGUAUGUCCACUUCCAGCACCGGCUGAAGAACCAGUACCUGAACGGGUUCUACGGAACGUUGUCCAGCGACAGCUCGGUGAUGGUUAGACCAACUAAAACUAGCGCCUAGGCCCAGUCCUAAAGGAAGCUGCGAUGCAGGCAUAGUUGCACCACACUCAAUGUAACCUGUUAUUGCUGUUAUUUGAGUAACCAUGUGUUUUUUUGCCAUAAUAAAACAUUGUUUCUCGUG